AUGAUCUGUUAUAACAAAGCCAAAGUGUUGCGAUUAGUUUGGUUGGUAUUUACCUAUGCUGUCACUGCAACGCUAUCGUCGGAGGUUACGGUUAUCACAGAUCCAAAAUUCAGCACACCAAUCGUCAAUGUGACGGCAGCCGUCGGACGGGAAGCGACACUUACAUGUGUGGUGCAUGAUCUAGGUGCAUAUAAGGUUGCGUGGCUGCGGGUGGACACUCAAACAAUACUCACCAUACAAAACCAUGUUAUUACGAAGAAUAAGCGCAUUGGAAUCACGUACACCGAAAAGAAAACUUGGCAGCUACGCAUCAAGGACAUCCGUGAAUUGGACCGAGGGUGGUACAUGUGCCAAAUCAAUACGGAUCCCAUGAAGAGUCAGAUGGGCUACCUGGAUGUUGUAGUACCACCGGACAUUCUGGAUUACCCGACCAGCACUGAUAUGGUUGUACGGGAGGGCAGUAACGUGACGCUUCGCUGUGCUGCCGUAGGAUCGCCCGCUCCUGCAAUCGUGUGGAGACGUGAGGCUGGAGAUAACAUAUCACUGCAGGAUGGAGAGCAAGUAUCAUCGGUUGAAGGGCCAACGUUCACAAUACCCAAAGUAAACAGACUGCACAUGGGUGCAUACCUGUGCAUCGCCUCCAACGGGGUCCCACCGUCUGUCAGCAAACGGGUAAUGUUGAUCGUGCACUUCCCGCCGAUGAUAUGGGUACCCAACCAGCUGGUGGGAGCGAUCGAAGGGCAACGGAUGACGCUCGAGUGCCAUUCGGAAGCAUACCCUAAGUCAAUUAACUACUGGACGCGCGAGAAGGGCGACAUUGUCCCGCAAGGUGGCAAGUACGAACCGGUUCUGAUAGACAACGCCUACAAAGUGGUGAUGAAGCUAAGCAUCAAGGUUGUGAGUCAGGCCGAUUUCGGGGCCUACAAAUGUAUCGCCAAAAAUUCCCUUGGGGAAACGGACGGAACCAUCAAACUAUACAAGCUACCUAGGAGUGCAAUCAACUCAGUGGAAUCGGUCGACGGCAAGCGAAAAAAUAAAUCCCGCAAAGGAAGUAAUUUCUACGAAAGCAAUGAUUUCACUGAUGAAGAAAUGGAUAGCACUAGCAAGAGAAAAGAUUUGAUAAUUGGCGGUAGCCGGAACGAUGACAUCUAUGAAAUAUCAACGACGGGAGUUAAUGCAGCCUCUUCUUCGCUGGAAGUAGUAUUUUCUUUCUAUCUGUGUGCAGUUUUAAUUCCAACUGUACUGAACUACAUUUCGAAGCUUCAAACAACAUGA